AUGCACCGAAAGAAGAAAUCAGUUUUCAGUAAGCCAAAGAAGGUGAAGAAACCAGCAAAAACACUUUUGAAGUCCUUAGUUCCAUCAGCUAGUGCCAAAGAACAGUUAAAAGCUGUAGCAAGUCCUCAGAAACUACAAGGCCCAGUUGUGAUCAUACAGGCAGCGGGAGCACGGCUCCAUGGUGCCGGAGUUCAUAUGCUUCCAAUAAAAACAGGACAACAGAACACACAUACCAAAGUCAGUACUGAACACAACAAGGAAUGUCUCAUCAAUAUUUCCAAAUACAAAUUUUCUUUGGUUAUAAGCGGCCUCACAACUAUCUUAAAAAAUGUUAACAAUAUGAGAAUAUUUGGAGAAGCUGCAGAAAAAAAUUUAUAUCUCUCUCAGUUGAUUAUAUUGGACACACUGGAAAAAUGUCUUGCUGGGCAACCAAAGGAUACAAUGAGAUUAGAUGAAACGAUGCUGGUCAAACAGUUGCUGCCAGAAAUAUGCCAUUUUCUUCAUACCUAUCGUGAGGGAAACCAACAUGCUGCGGAACUUCGGAAUUCUGCCUCUGGGGUUUUAUUUUCUCUCAGUUGCAACAAUUUCAAUGCAGUCUUUAGCCGCAUUUCUACCAGGUUACAAGAAUUGACAGUUUGUUCAGAAGAUAAUGUCGAUGUUCAUGAUAUAGAAUUGUUACAGUAUAUCAAUGUGGAUUGUGCAAAAUUAAAAAGACUCCUGAAGGAAACAGCAUUUAAAUUUAAAGCCCUGAAGAAGGUUGCACAGUUAGCGGUUAUAAAUAGCCUGGAAAAGGCAUUUUGGAACUGGGUAGAAAAUUAUCCAGAUGAAUUUACAAAGCUGUACCAGAUUCCACAGACUGAUAUGGCUGAGUGUGCCGAAAAGCUAUUUGACUUGGUGGAUGGUUUUGCUGAAAGCACCAAACGUAAAGCAGCAGUUUGGCCACUGCAAAUCAUUCUCCUUAUCUUGUGUCCAGAAAUAAUACAGGAUAUAUCCAAGGAUGUGGUUGAUGAAAACAACAUGAAUAAGAAGCUGUUUCUGGACAGUCUGAGAAAAGCACUUGCUGGCCAUGGAGGAAGCAGGCAGCUGACAGAAAGUGCUGCAAUUGCGUGUGUCAAACUGUGUAAAGCCAGUACUUACAUCAACUGGGAAGAUAACUCCGUCAUCUUCCUACUUGUCCAGUCCAUGGUGGUCGAUCUUAAGAACUUGCUUUUUAAUCCAAGUAAACCAUUCUCAAGAGGCAGUCAGCCUGCAGAUGUGGAUCUAAUGAUUGACUGCCUUGUUUCCUGCUUUCGGAUAAGCCCUCACAACAACCAACACUUCAAGAUCUGUCUGGCUCAGAAUUCACCUUCCACAUUUCACUAUGUGCUGGUAAAUUCACUCCAUCGAAUCAUCACCAAUAGCACUUUCAAGCAUGGACUUGGCACUGCUUCUGCAUUGGAUUGGUGGCCUAAGAUUGAUGCUGUAUAUUGUCAUUCAGUUGAGCUUCGAAAUAUGUUUGGUGAAACACUUCAUAAAGCAGUGCAGGGUUGCGGAGCACACCCAGCAAUAAGAAUGGCACCGAGUCUUACAUUUAAAGAAAAAGUAACAAGCCUUAAAUUUAAAGAAAAACCUACAGACUUGGAGACAAGAAGCUAUAAGUAUCUUCUCUUGUCCAUGGUGAAACUAAUUCAUGCAGAUCCAAAGCUUUUGCUUUGUAAUCCAAGAAAACAAGGGCCUGAGACCCAAGGAAGUACAGCAGAGUUAAUUACAGGCCUUGUACAACUGGUCCCUCAGUCACAUAUGCCAGAAAUUGCCCAGGAAGCCAUGGAGGCUCUGCUGGUUCUUCAUCAGUUAGAUAGCAUUGACUUGUGGAAUCCUGAUGCUCCUGUAGAAACAUUUUGGGAGAUCAGCUCUCAAAUGCUGUUUUACAUCUGCAAAAAAUUAACUAGCCAUCAGAUGCUUAGUAGCACAGAAAUUCUCAAGUGGUUGCGGGAAAUUUUGAUCUGCAGGAAUAAAUUUCUUCUUAAAAAUAAGCAGGCAGAUAGAAGUUCUUGUCACUUUCUCUUCCUUUAUGGAGUAGGAUGUGAUGUUCCUUCUAGUGGACACCCUAGUCAGAUGCCUAUGGAUCAUGAAGAGUUACUACGCCCAUGUACUCCUGGAGCCUCUCUCAGGAAGGGCAAAGGAAACUCCUCCAUGGAUAGUGCAGCAGGGUGCAGUGGAACCCCACCAAUAUGCCGACAAGCCCAGACCAAACUUGAAGUAGCACUGUACAUGUUUCUGUGGAGCCCUGAUACUGAAGCUGUUCUGGUUGCCAUGUCUUGUUUCCGCCACCUCUGUGAGGAAGCAGAUAUCCGGUGUGGGGUGGACGAAGUGUCAGUGCACAACUUCUUACCCAACUAUAACACAUUCAUGGAGUUUGCCUCUGUCAGCAAUAUGAUGUCAACAGGAAGAGCAGCGCUUCAGAAGAGAGUGAUGGCACUGCUGAGGCGCAUUGAGCAUCCCACCGCAGGAAACACCGAGGCUUGGGAAGAUACUCAUGCAAAAUGGGAACAAGCUACAAAACUGAUCCUUAACUAUCCAAAAGCCAAAAUGGAAGAUGGCCAGGCUGCUGAAAGCCUUCAUAAGACCAUUGUUAAGAGGCGAAUGUCUCAUGUGAGUGGAGGAGGCUCCAUAGAUCUGUCCGAUACGGACUCACUACAGGAAUGGAUCAACAUGACUGGCUUCCUUUGUGCCCUUGGGGGAGUGUGCCUGCAGCAGAGAAGCAAUUCUGGCCUGGCAACCUAUAGCCCACCCAUGGGCCCAGUCAGUGAACGUAAGGGUUCCAUGAUUUCCGUGAUGUCCUCAGAGGGAAAUGCAGACACGCCUGUCAGCAAAUUUAUGGACCGGCUGCUAUCCUUAAUGGUGUGUAACCACGAGAAAGUGGGACUUCAGAUACGGACCAAUGUUAAGGAUCUAGUGGGUCUAGAAUUGAGUCCUGCUCUUUAUCCUAUGCUAUUUAACAAACUGAAGAAUACCAUCAGCAAGUUUUUUGACUCCCAAGGACAGGUUUUACUGACUGACACCAAUACUCAAUUUGUAGAGCAAACCAUAGCUAUAAUGAAGAACUUACUAGAUAAUCAUACUGAAGGCAGCUCUGAACAUCUGGGACAAGCUAGCAUUGAAACAAUGAUGUUAAAUCUGGUCAGAUAUGUUCGUGUGCUUGGGAAUAUGGUCCAUGCAAUUCAAAUUAAAACAAAACUGUGUCAGUUAGUUGAAGUAAUGAUGGCAAGGAGAGAUGACCUCUCAUUUUGUCAAGAGAUGAAAUUUAGGAAUAAAAUGGUAGAAUACCUGACAGAUUGGGUUAUGGGAACAUCAAACCAAGCAGCAGAUGAUGAUGUAAAAUGUCUUACAAGAGAUUUGGACCAGGCAAGCAUGGAAGCAGUAGUUUCACUCUUGGCUGGUCUUCCGCUGCAGCCUGAGGAAGGAGAUGGUGUUGAAUUGAUGGAAGCCAAAUCACAGUUAUUUCUUAAGUACUUCACAUUAUUUAUGAACCUUUUGAAUGACUGUAGUGAAGUGGAAGAUGAAAAUGCACAAACAGGUGGCAGGAAACGUGGCAUGUCUCGGAGGCUGGCAUCACUGAGGCACUGUACAGUCCUUGCAAUGUCCAACUUACUCAAUGCUAAUGUGGACAGUGGCCUCAUGCACUCCAUAGGUUUAGGUUAUCACAAGGAUCUCCAGACAAGAGCUACAUUUAUGGAAGUUCUGACCAAAAUCCUUCAACAAGGCACAGAAUUUGACACACUUGCAGAAACAGUGUUGGCAGAUCGGUUUGAGAGGCUGGUGGAAUUGGUCACCAUGAUGGGUGAUCAGGGAGAGCUCCCAAUAGCUAUGGCUCUGGCCAAUGUGGUCCCUUGUUCUCAGUGGGAUGAACUAGCUCGAGUCCUGGUUACUCUGUUUGAUUCUCGGCAUUUACUCUACCAACUGCUCUGGAACAUGUUUUCUAAGGAAGUAGAGUUGGCAGACUCCAUGCAGACUCUUUUCCGAGGCAACAGCUUGGCCAGUAAAAUAAUGACAUUCUGUUUCAAGGUGUAUGGUGCUACCUACCUACAAAAACUCCUGGACCCUUUAUUGCGGAUUGUCAUCACAUCCUCUGACUGGCAACAUGUUAGCUUUGAAGUGGACCCUACUAGGUUAGAACCAUCAGAGAGCCUUGAGGAAAACCAGCGGAAUCUCCUUCAGAUGACUGAAAAGUUCUUCCAUGCCAUCAUCAGUUCCUCUUCAGAAUUUCCCCCUCAGCUUCGAAGUGUGUGCCACUGUUUAUACCAGGCAACUUGCCACUCCCUACUGAAUAAAGCUACAGUAAAAGAAAAAAAGGAAAGCAAAAAAUCAGUGGUUAGCCAGCGUUUCCCUCAGAACAGCAUCGGUGCGGUAGGAAGUGCCAUGUUCCUCAGAUUUAUCAAUCCUGCUAUCGUCUCACCAUACGAAGCAGGGAUUUUAGAUAAAAAGCCACCACCAAGAAUUGAACGGGGCUUGAAGUUAAUGUCAAAGAUCCUUCAGAGUAUUGCCAAUCAUGUUCUCUUUACAAAAGAAGAGCAUAUGCGGCCUUUUAAUGAUUUUGUGAAAAACAACUUUGAUGCAGCACGCAGGUUUUUCCUUGAUAUCGCAUCGGAUUGUCCUACAAGUGAUGCGGUGAAUCACAGUCUUUCCUUCAUCAGCGAUGGCAAUGUGCUUGCUUUACAUCGUCUGCUCUGGAACAAUCAAGAAAAAAUUGGCCAGUAUCUUUCUAGCAACCGGGAUCAUAAAGCCGUUGGACGACGACCUUUUGAUAAGAUGGCAACCCUUCUUGCAUACCUGGGUCCUCCAGAGCACAAACCUGUGGCAGAUACACACUGGUCCAGCCUUAACCUUACCAGUUCAAAGUUUGAGGAAUUUAUGACUAGACAUCAGGUGCAUGAAAAAGAAGAGUUCAAGGCUUUGAAAACCCUAAGUAUUUUCUACCAAGCUGGGACUUCUAAAGCUGGAAAUCCUAUUUUUUAUUAUGUCGCACGGAGACAUCAGGUGCAUGAAAAAGAAGAGUUCAAGGCUUUGAAAACCCUAAGUAUUUUCUACCAAGCUGGGACUUCUAAAGCUGGAAAUCCUAUUUUUUAUUAUGUCGCACGGAGGGUCACUGCUGAUUUCAGAGUUGUUUUGGGAGUUGAGGUUAUUGUCUUGGAAGUUGGAUUCAUGUUGGAAUUAGAGGUCAUACUUAAGCCCCUCAUGACACUAGAGGUCCUCCCAGAACUUUGCCUGGUCCCAGGGUUUGGGCUUGCCCCGGUACUGGAGAUCGGCGUAGAAUUUGAGUUCGUUGAUGUUGCAAGUAUUCCCAGAGUGUAA